AACGAACCUCUGAGUGCAACUUCAACGACAUGGCACUCGCGAGACCAACGACAAAACUACCUCCAGGGGCCAACCGAAUCCUCUUUGUCAAAAACCUAAACUACCAGAUAACUGGAGAAGACUUGUACGACCUCUUUGGACGCUAUGGCAGCAUCCGUCAGAUACGAAUAGGGAAUGAGGCAAAGACAAAAGGGACUGCGUUCGUUGUGUACGACGACGUUAUGGACGCCAAAAACGCCUUGGAUCAUUUAAAUGGCUUUCAUCUCCAAGAGCGUUACAUCGUCGUUCUGUACCACAUGCCCGCGAAACAAGAUGCUGCCGCUGCAAAGGCCGAACUCGCGAAACGUGAGGCCGAGCUUGAGAAACUGAAGAGGGAAAACGGCAUAGGUGAUCCCUAA